AUGGCCGUCAGGGCGGUAACGUGCACCGCCGUCCCGCGGCGACCUUCGUUGUUACGGAUAUAUUUGUAUUGCCGGGAACACGGGCAGAUUUCCUCGGAGUGGCUACUGAGAAUAUCCGCUCGUGGAGUGCGCAUAGGCAUGCUCCACCCGACCCCAAAGGACUUUGUUAAGGGAUCUUUCCCGAAGAUGUUGGUAACGCAGCCCAGCCACAUGAGCGCUUGGAUUUUCCGUGCUAGUCGCCCCGCCGGAGUCGGUAUCCAAACCGCUGAAGGCGUUACCCCACCUUCAGCUUCGUUUAUCAUUCUCUGGGACUGGAGCCCACAUACAGGAACCCAAGUAACCAACUCGCACCUAGAGCCCUUGAGUCUGUUCACGAUGUGGCACACUCAGCGCACCGGCGAGGGGAUAUACGACCUCGGAUCUCGAUUUCAUAAUUCACGUACACGAUCGCGUCAAGAGGAUACGGGAUCGUUACACUCCGUUGAUAUGGGGGCGUACAUUUCCGCUAUAUUCAUCCUGAGACACGAACCGGCGGUUCCGGUGCCGAUCCACGCAGGUGCACACUUAUGGCAGGCGGCAUCUUUCCAAAAGGAGUAUCUGCGUCGAACAUCGCUGGUAGAAGCCAGUGUCAUUGCGUCCGAAGGCACGGUACAGUCUAUGUACCCUUCCCUGCGCGCUUCGGGACCCAAAGGAAAUGCCGAGCGGGCUUAA